AUGGCAACUGUUGUUCGACCGCGACCUCCUCGUCAACAUGACUGCGGCACCGCAUCUGAAACCUCUGCACAGCCGGUACCGGUACGCCACGAGUAUGGGAACCGCCAGGACACAAAGUCGAGCACAGUCACAAAACGAAAAAGACAGCCAAACUCGGACGUCGCAAGGGCUUACAAGAAGAUAAGAUCAGACUCACCGUCAACCGGAAGAAGCGUUUGUCCACUUCUCCGAGUUGUUCAGCAGUAUGGUCUACUUCUUAGCAUCGUACUAAAUCUCAGUCCAGAAGAUCUCUUGGCACUUGCCCUGUCGGCAAAGGCGCUCCACGAAGCCAUAGCGCCUCGACUACGAAGUCUCCAGAAUCUACUGGAAAGAAUGCCCUGUCCUGGUAGGGGCAUUCAGAUCCGAGAGAGACGCCACCAGAUAUCAGGAAAUCCGGAUUCUUGUCUAGGUACGCAAUACGUUGUAUGCGCCUCCACCUCCACCAGCCAGAGUGUCGAAACGCGGCCAUGUGUGCAAUGCAGGGUCAACACCUGUGACGAGUGUCGCAUUCAUUGCGUGUACCAAAGUAUUUACGAAGCACCAGUUGAAGAGGAUGAGCUUCCCAACUUCAGUGGCUUCGUUAUGCUUGAUGCCCCGGAGGUACCGAUUCUCAGCCCAAAUCAUCUGAACGCUCAUGGAGCACCAUGGCAAGAUCCAUCGCAGCAGAAAGUUGCACCAUAUCAUGAUUCGGGAUUCAUCGAUCUUCCCUUUGACGAGCAGGAAUACGGCCCACCUGAAUGCGUUGAGAGUAUUCUUAGCGUUGAUCUCGGCGAGGAUUCGCUGGCGCUAUCAGUGCCGUCGAACGUAUCGAGCCCAUCGCCAGUCCUGCGGGCUUUCCACAAUACUGCGCUCCAGAGACGACGUUGGUUUUGUCGCGAUUGUCUACCUCAGCAGGCUAUCACACGGAAAAGGAAUGGGGCGCAGGACGACUCUUGUCAUUGCACACUUCAAAGCCGUUUCCUCGAUCGCUGGCUAUGUUUACGUUGCUAUGAGAAGGAAGAAGAUGCUAUUGCAAACAGGUUCCCCGCCAAUAAGACCAGCUGUGGCUGUGGCUGCCGCUUUGGACGAGCUAUGUGUACAUGGUGCUGGGGCGAGAUAAGAGGUCCUGAUGGGCAAUAG